CUGGGGCUUUGGGGAACAGAGCUCCAGAACACAGAGGACUUGCUCAGAAAUUUGAGGAUGAACCUUAUUCCACUGUCAGCCCUUUUAGCAUUUUUCUAUAGCUUUGCACUAUGUAAACCUGUCCAGGUAGCCACAAGAAAUAAUGAAAUGGAGAGCGAUACAACUCUGCAUGAGGGUGACAUUGUCUUGAGAAGGAAACGCAGUGCCAUAAACUGUGACAGCAGCUGCUUCUGGCCCAAAUCCCAUGAUGGGCUAGUCAACGUCCCAGUUAAUAUUUCUACAGAGUUUUCUGUGGAAGAGAGGACUUGGAUUGCUGAAGCAAUGCAGGAGGUCACAACCCUGACUUGUGUCCAGUUUAUAAAUCGCACAACAGAAACCAACUACAUAAGCGUUGUACCUGGGGAGAGCUGCUGGUCUCACUUUGGAAAGAUUGGAGGUAUGCAGAAGGUGGGCCUGAUGAAAACCGGCUGCAUGAGUAAAGGAGCAAUUCAACAUGAAAUGAACCAUGCGCUGGGUUUUUUACAUGAACAGGCCCGGAGUGACCGGGACAACUAUGUUAAGAUCAUGUGGGAAUACGUUAUGGCAGGGCAACAAGGGAACUUUAGGAAAGUGAAUUCCAAUAACCUGGGUCUUCCCUACGACUAUUCCUCAGUGAUGCACUAUGGCUUAUAUGACUUCUCUAACACCUCUGGGAAAGCAACUAUUGUACCGAUUCCUGAUCCCUCUGUACCCAUCGGACAGAGAGAGGGACUGAGUCAUCUCGACGUGGCUAAAAUCAACAAGCUCUAUAGCUGCAAUUGCUGUAGCAAUGUGCUGCAUAAACCUAGUGACACCUUCUCUUCUGUCAAUUACCCAUCCUUAUAUCCAGACAACAGCAACUGUCUGUGGCUCAUUCGCAUCCCACAGCAUCAGGUUUUCCUGCAGUUUGAUGCUUUUGAUCUUCAGCCUUCCUCAGACUGUACCUCUGACUACAUCAGAAUUUAUGAUGGAAGCAGCAGGAAUUCCAGUGUCUUACUGGACAAGUUGUGUGGGAUGGGGUCCUUACCCUCAUUGGUGGCUUCUAGAAACAUGAUGCUUGUAGAGUUUGUGAGCGAUGAGGCUACUGCAGCAACAGGUUUCCAAGCCUCCUAUAGCCAGGUGAAAUGUGGAAGCACUUUGACGGGCACAAGUGGAGUGAUCACCUCCCCAAACUACCCCAACAGGUACCCCAAAAACCAGGACUGCUUCUGGAUCAUCAGUGCUCCAGCAGAUCGCAAGAUAUCUCUAACAAUGGUCUCCUUUGAGCUGGAGGACAUUGAUGACUGUAAGUAUGACUAUUUGCUUAUUCAUGAUGGGAGCCGAUCCACAUCUCCAGCUCUUGGCCCAUACUGUGGAACAAUGCAGAUUGCAGACUUUACCUCCUCGGAGAACUUUGUGCUGGUAGAAUUUCACAGCGAUUUUGCUUGGGUGUUUCCUGGAUUCAUGCUGAACUACACUUUUGUUAUGCCAUCAUGAAGGAAAACUCAAGGAAAAUCUUCCCCCAGUGCCAGGAAGAAAGAAAAGAGUGCCUGGAAGGAUACCGAUUUACCUUGCUCUUUACCAUUUGCCUGCAAUAUAUUUUUUCAGACACUGGUUCAUUUUCAACACCAGAAUGAAUGCUCUUCGCUAAUAUAGAUGUGGGAAUCUGAACUCUGAGACUGGUACCCAGAUGGGAGGAGGUACAGAGAAAUGGAACUUGGGAAUACUAUGUGGACACCACACAUUCUCAGCUCUGAUCAAAUGAAGCCCUUUUUGCCAGAGCACCACAGUGGCCACACCUGAUCAUUGAUGGAAAUGUUGAAUGGCAUCAGGCUACUAUCAAUCCCUGCAGAAUUCCACUAGAAACACCCCUCUUCAGCGAUGAUUCCCCAUUGACAACUACUUUGAGAUCUGUUAGCCAAUUCUUAACCCAUUUAACUUGUAGUCUAUUGAUAUUGUUGAGGGCAAAUUUUUUAGUCAAAAUGUCAUGCAGUAUUAAGUGCAAUGCCCUACAAAACUCUAAGUAUAUUACAUCUACACAAUUACUUUUAUCAACCACACUUGUAAUCUUGCCAAAAGAACAAGGUCACAUUUCUUUGAAAAAACCUCUUUUCCAUAAAAUCAUGUUGAUCGGAAUAUAAUUAAACCCAAUUCUUUAUCAACUGAAUCCCAAAUCAGCAUUUCCAUUAUUUUGUCCAGGACUGAUGUUUGGCUAACCAGCCUAUAGUUACCCUGGUGAACCUACUUGCCCUUUUUGAAUAUUGUUACAGCAUUGGUACACUCUUUCCCCCAAAUAUUCCAAGAUUUAUUAGAAUUAUCAUCAAAGUCAGGUAUCUCAGUCAACUCUUAUAGGACUCUUGGGAUCAAGUUAUGUGGAUCAGUUGAUUUAAUGUUUUUUUUUAACAUCUCUAGUAGAUGUUGAGUAACAUCCUCCUUAGCUACUAAUGGACUGGAAAGUACUUCAUCAUCCUUAUGUGAUAACUACAUUAUCCUACUUCUUUCCAAAUACAGAAUAUAAAUAUUUAUGAAUUUUUGUUCCUUUACUUCAUCAUUAACGAGAUGGAAAUCGUAAUAUUGUAAUAGCCCUAUAGAAUUGCUAGGAUUUCUUUUGUUCCUCUUAUACUUAAAAGAUUCCUUGUUGUCCUUCGCUCUGCUAGCCAUGGAUUUCCCCCUGACAUCUUUAGCUUCUUUAUCAAUUUUCUACACAAUGAUUUUAAAUCUACAUGAAUUUCUGUCUACUUCCCCUUUAUUACACUUGUUAGGUAUUGCUUUUUUAUUUUUAAUUGCUGCCUUCACUUCACCUCUGAACCAAGAUGGGUUUUUAGCCAAAGUUGCCCUCUUCCUUAAUUGUGGAAUCAUGACUUUUUGGCCAUUUUAGUUCACAUUUUUCUGUCUAUAUUUUUCCCUCUGACUCAGCUCCAUUCAUGAUUUCCCUCAGCUUUGGGAAAUUAGACCUUUGAUGCAGCACAUGUGUGUAUGUGUAGGGCUAGUUGGAUCUGUCUUUUGUUUGCCCAUAUUGACUAUAACUGGGUCAUGAUCACCGAUCCCCAGGCAAUCACCAACUUCCAUGUCUCCAGGGAUUAUUUUUUCUUUAUCAGUCAGUGGUCCAAAAGAGAAUUACCUCAUGUUGAGUCAACACCUUGUGUGUUAGAAAGUCAUCUAUAAUUUUAAAAACUCUAAUAAUAUUUGAAUUAUGUUCUUUGGUGAGUGAGCCAACCUCUGAGAGGGUUUUUAAGGGACAGGGCCAAAGCAAAGUAAGUAGACUUUGAAAAGAAGCAGGGGAGGUGUCAGGCCUGGUGUCAGCUUUAUUUAUGUCAAGGUCCCAAACCUGGAGCUAGUGGAAGAGGGAGGACACAUGUUCCCCUUUAAUUCUGAGUGACCAGCAGAAAGUGUUGCUGCUACACCUGGAGAAGGGUAAAGAUUGAUGGACCCUCAAAAGACCCCUAAGGGAGGGUUGUGACACAGAGGAGACUGUAAAGAUUUUCAUAUUAUUUGGGACUGCAAGAUGUGGAGUUGGCCGGUUUAGCCUGCUAGCUAAACCAAGCAAUCAAGUCAGGAAACUGAGGCAGCAGCCACACUCCAUGAAGAGAAGAUGUUAUGGGGCCACAAGCAGCCAGAUGUAAGAGCAGCUGAGACUGCUCUGUCUGGCAAUGGGGAUCACCCUGCCACACAGUUGCCCUGGGCUUGGGGUAAUGCAAAGGUGAUUUACUGCCACCCCCAGGGUUGUACUAGGUACAGCAUGUCAGAGAGUUGGCCCUAUUCUCCCUGCUGGUGGCUCACCAGCUUACUUGGAGGACAUCCAGCCAUGUGUUUUAAUCUUCCUUGGGUCUCAGCUGGCUCCACACUGUUUCCUCCCUUUGCUUCUCUGGCACUUUUCCUGGCACCAACUCAGACUAUUACCUCCUCACAGAAAUGGAGCCCCACAACCCAUCUGCAGGAUCAUUGCUCCCUCCUGCUGCCAAAAUACCAGAGUAGCUUAGACAUAGCCUCUCCUAGAGCUCCACCCCAGAGGUGUGAGCCUUCUGGUUUGCCUCCCCAAGGGGCAUCUGAGAAGAUGUAACACAUCAGGCACACGGACAUUUUGCACAGAAUUCUCACUUCAUGGCUCUUAACAUAGAUUACAGAUCAUAGUACACAGACAUCCUGAACACAUUGGCCCCCACUCUAGCUCACUCUUCUGUGGGAAGUCCUUGGGGUACUAUUUGCAUUCAGGUAGGCAGGAUCUUCCCCUACCUGCUCAGGAUUCUGAAGCAACUUCCCUCAUCCUGAGCUGGUGAAAACAGCCAGAGACACAAAAAUGAUCAGGUCUUGCCCUCUUAUAACCUUCCAGUCCCUCUGUCAGAUGACUCCCACAUCUACCACUUCAGCUGAUCCCAGACCCUUAGCACAUGACUCUUCUCCUGGAGAGGAGCCAGCCUAUUGUUUGGAGCAAUUCUAUUUCAGUAGGAGAGCACUUCAGUCAGUGACCCUAUAUUGUUAUAGCCCUUUGCCACCAGCCUUUGGACUUGUCCUGUUACCUCUGCUGUGGAGGUAACAGAACAACAGAGAAGGUAGAGAGCCCUACAUUCAAAAUGGCAUCUGCAGUUUAAGGUAAAUACAUAUAAAGAACUCUGUAGAAAAGUGGCCUCACCACUGGU